CUUCAUCCUCUCUCCAAAUUCCUUUUUCUGAAUAGUUCCAUGCCGGCCCAAUAACCACACGUCCUGCUCUAAGCAAGAGCUCUAUUGGAUGCUAUUGACUCUAGCGAGCUCCGCGUCUGACUGGGCAAGUGCUUCAGAUGAGCUCACUUUUGCGAGUCUCAAGUCGCGUCCUGCCGUUUGCAAUCCCCUAUCCACAAAGGCCUUGAGAAUGUUCGGAUCGCUUCAGUUUUUGCUCAAACGAUUUCGGAAUUAAGAGAACGUUCAGAAAAAUUCCUUAGGGGAAGCGCUCAGAUGUAUCUCAAACUGAAAAUAAGCGUCGCUGGAUUUAUUAUGGCUCAUCAAGUCUGCGGGUGCGACCGCAAGGCGUUCAACCCACCUCCCAAUCCGAAUUACUCCAACAGCUGAUAAUUCAAGUUGAAAGACAUGUGGUUUAAUAAUAUUAAACCAUUCUCAAACUCGAAUUUCGGGCUCGGGGGUCCUUUUCGGUGCCGGUCACCUGAAGUCGGUGGCUUUCAGAGAGGCUGAGUUGGUGCUCAGCAAGCGCUGAGUGCCUCCCUCGAGAGGACUCUUGCCCUGAAAGCACGUGCUAGUACCACGAUAAGCUUCAGGAAUAAGCUUCCAUAGUCCAGAAACAGACCGAUCAGGCUGACCGACGCUGUCAACACCAACCCCCGAAGUAUACGGACGGAUACUUUGCUGUGUCGGAAUGGGACGGAGUGGGGUUUCUCCCAAAGAGGCGUCCCGGCUGAUGGUAGCCGGCGGCGUCUCAUGGCUUCACAUAUCAUGGAGCUGGUAUCACGACUUAUAGACUUAUGAUAUCUCAUCCACACAUAACUCCUCAUCCCAACUCUACAUCCCUUGAGAAUACUCGACUCGAACGACUCAAAUUUUCCCGACUUUGAGCAACUCGAAUCGACAGUCCCCCUCUCAAGACUUCCAAUCACAACAUCAGAAUCUUCAUCUCGAAAGUACUUGAUUAUCCCGACAUCAACGAACCCUCGACUUGACCUUCGCUAAGUCUCAAUCAUCUUUCAAGACUACAUCGAAUUAGUUCUCCAUUACCCCGAAUUUUGGACAACUUCACUUGACAUCUCUUGACUCUACUGUCUUUAUACGACUGUGACUCUACCCCUGAUAGCUUCAUUGCCCCGAACAUUGAAGACUUCCACCUCAUUUCUCGAAUUACUUCGCAUCUUCCGAUCCCACGUCAACAGCAAAAUAAUUCCCACCCAGCCUCAAAUAAUCAGUCAACAUGGUUUCCACCAAGCCUGUCAACAGCGUCACCAUGCAAGGAGGAGAGCCCAUCGCCAUCGUAGGCACAGGAUGUCGUUUCCCAGGAGGGGCCAGCAGCCCUUCUAAGCUCUGGGAGAUGCUCUUGGAUAAGCGUGAUGCCUUGAGGGCCAUCCCAAUGGAUCGCUGGAACUCUGAUGGGUUUCACCACUCCAAUGGCGAGCGAGCCGGAGCCCUCAACGUCAAGCAUGCCUAUCUCCUCAAGGAGAACGUCCGCGAAUGGGAUGCCUCUUUCUUUGGCAUCAACCCCCGUGAAGCCGAGGCCGUGGACCCUCAACAUCGCAUUCUGCUGGAGACUGUCUAUGAAGCCAUGGAAUCUGGUGGCUUCUCCAUGGAACAUAUGCAAGGCUCUGACACUGCCGUGUAUGUCGGUGUCAUGACUGCCGAUUACUACGAGAUGCUCCUGCGCUCUCCCGAGUCUCUGCCGACCUACUUCGCUACCGGCACGAACUCCAGUAUCCUGUCGAACAGAUUGUCCUACUUCUUCGAUUUGAAGGGUCCAUCCGAGACAAUUAAUACUGCCUGCUCGUCCUCCUUGGUCGCGGUUCACCGCGGUGUUCAGAGUCUGCGCUCUGGAGAAGCAAGAAUGGCAAUUGCAGGUGGUGCCAAUUUGAUCUUGAACCCUGAGUUCAUGGCUACCGAGUCCAACCUCCACAUGUUGUCUGCUGAAGGUCGAUCUCGCAUGUGGGAUGCUGGUGCGAAUGGAUAUGCUCGUGGUGAAGGUUUUGCUGCUGUCAUCAUGAAGCGUCUCUCGGAUGCUAUUGCUGAUGGGGACGACAUCACUUGUAUCAUCAGAGAGACUGGCGUCAACUCAGAUGGUCGUACCAAGGGUAUAACCCUGCCCAGUGGCGAGGCUCAAACCAACCUGAUUCAACAAGUUUACAAGAAGGCUGGCUUGAACCCUUACUCUGCCCUCGACCGCCCACAAUAUUUUGAGGCUCACGGUACCGGAACCCCUGCUGGUGACCCAAUCGAAGCCAAUGGUAUCCGCGAUGCUUUCUUCGCCGAGAACAUCAAGAGAGAGGGCGAGAACUUGCUUGUAGGCUCCGUCAAGACCGCCAUGGGCCACACUGAGGGAACUGCUGGACUUGCUGGUCUGAUCAAGACUGCCAAUGCCAUCAAGCUCGGUGUCAUCCCAGGUAACCUUCUUUUCCAGAGCUACAACCCCAAGAUCCUCCCUCUCCUUGACCACCUCGCACUCGCUACCGAGACUCAAGCAUGGCCUGCUCCCCCAGCUGGGCAGCCACGCCGAGCGUCAGUCAACUGCUUCGGAUUCGGAGGAACCAAUGCUCACGCCAUUGUUGAGAGUUAUCACCCCGCUCCAACGCUUUCGCGUAAACAAUUGAUGCCAGCUUCCACUCAAGCCCCACUCGCCACCCCAUUGGUCCUGUCUGCCAACAACGAGGCAUCUCUCGCUGCUAUGGUUUCCAACUACCAUGACUUCAUCGAGAAGAACGAACAGCUCAAUCUCAAUGAUCUUGCCUGGACCCUUCAGAACCGUCGCUCCGAGUUGGCACUUAAGGCAACCUUCUCUGGUCCAACUAGAGAGGCGCUCCUUGCCAACAUGGCAGCGGUGGUCGAGAAGACCAAGCAAAGCCCACCUACUGCCAUCGGCAAGCGCCGAGACAACCGAUCUAAGAAGGCUCGUAUUCUUGGUGUCUUCACUGGACAAGGUGCUCAAUGGGCCAACAUGGGCCGUGAGCUUAUGCUCUCUUCUUCCAUGGCCAAGCAAUCAAUUGUCGGACUGGAUGCUGCUCUCGCAGGGCUCCCAGAUGGACCUACUUGGACUCUCGAGCAGGUCAUCUGCGAUAAAGAAGCUGGCAAGCGAAUCGACGAAGCCGAAUUCUCUCAGCCAGUAUGCACAGCCGUGCAAGUCAUGCUUGUCGAUAUCCUUCGCUCUGUUGGACACACUUUCACUACCGUUGUUGGACACUCCAGUGGUGAGAUUGGCGCUGCUUAUGCUGCAGGUGUUGUCAAUGCCUCCGAAGCCAUCAAGAUCGCUUACUACCGUGGUCUCCACACCAAACUCGCCCAAGGUCCAUCCGGCAAGGAGGGUACUAUGUUGGCUGCUGGUCUUUCACACGAGGACGCAGAUGAGUUCUGCUGCCACCCAGCUCUUGUUGGACGUAUUCAAGUCGCUGCAAGCAAUGCUCCUGAGAGCGUCACUCUUUCUGGCGAUGUUGAUGCUGUGAAGGAAGCAAAGGCCAUGCUUGACGAGAGAGGCAUUUUUGCCCGAGCCUUGAAGGUAAACAAGGCUUACCACUCUCAACACAUGAACCCUGUUUCCGUUCCGUACAUGGCUUCCCUCAGAGCUUGCCGAAUCCAGCCAAAGCUUCCUUUCGAGGGGUGUACCUGGGUUUCCAGUGUCACAGGCGAUCCAAUUGUCGAUGAGAUGGAUCUCAAGGCUUUGACCAGUGUGUACUGGAAGGACAACAUGCUCAAGCCUGUUCUGUUCUCUACCGCUGUUGAGCAAGCUGUUCUUGGUGAAGAGGCCUUCGAUUUCGCGAUCGAAGUCGGCCCUCAUACUGCUCUUAAAGGCCCAUUCCUCCAGACUUUCAAAGCUGCUACUGGAUCCAACCUCCCAUACGGCGGUACCCUCGCACGUUUCACUAACGACAUCGGUGCCAUGGCCAACUGCCUUGGUGGACUCAUGAACUACAAGGCACCAUCCGAGAUCACAAGCGAUGAGUAUAUCCGAUCAUUCCAAGCUGGUGUUUCUCCAACCCUGGCAACCGGUCUCCCAACGUAUGCUUGGGACCACUCUCAGAUCUACUGGGGAGAGACGCGCUACUCCCGCAAGUACCGCCAACGCAGCAAGCCUCGCCACGACUUGCUCGGUGCCCAACUCCCAGAUGACCUUGAGCACGACAUGCGCUACCGCAACACCGUUCGAGUUUCUGAGACUCCUUGGCUCGCUGGCCACAAGGUUCAAGGCCAGAUCGUCUACCCAGGAGCUGCUUACCUAGUCAUGGCUUUGGAAGCGUCAAAGGAUCUCGCCAAGGACCACCCAACAAAGUUGGUGGAGCUGUUGGACAUUGAAUUGUCCCGCGCCAUCGCUUUGGAGGAGGGUUCUGCUGGUGUGGACACCCUUCUGACGCUCAAGAAGACCCAUGAAGGACCGCUCAACGGCGAGAACUUCAUUGAGGCUGAGUUUUCCAUAUUCUCUGCUGUCGGUGUCGAUGCCGACAACUGGGACUUGAACAUGAAGGGUCGUAUGCGCGUAGUGUUGGCCGAUUCCAACACACCUGAUAUCAUCCUUCCUGUUCGUGACGAUACGCCAGUACUGCUCAGCUCUCUCAAUGUCGAGAGCUUCUACAACUCGCUCGUGGAGAUCGGAUUCAACUAUACCGGACUGUUCAAUCGUCUUACCAGCAUCGACAGACGGAUGAACAGGGCCACCGCAACAGCCAUCGAAUACCCUGAAGACCCCGAGAUGCCAGCCAUGAUGCACCCAGCGUUGAUGGAUGCAUCAUUCCAGACGGUCUUCGCAGCACUCCACUUCCCUGGCGACGGUGGAAUGGCUUCACCAUACCUCCCAACUGGUAUCAAGUGUCUGAGAAUCAGCACUGACCGCGACGAGGCUGCUGAGGCUACUCCUGUCACCAUCGACACUUUCAUUACUAGCAACGAGAACAUGAAGAUCGUUGCCGAUAUUGAGAUGUGUGAUUCUACUAAUGGUGCCCCUCGUAUGCAGAUUGAAGGCCUGGCUUGCACAUCAUUGGAACGUGCCAAUGCCGAUAAUGAUGUCGAGCUCUACUCGCAAACUAUCUGGCGUCCAGAAGUUACCAAGACCGCUCAGGAUAUUGUCCUCACUUCUGACGAAGCUUCCUCUGAGCCUAGUCUCGUUGACCUGUGCGAGCGCCUCGCCUAUAUGUAUUUGCGCAAGCUCAACCACUCUGUUUCUCGCCAAGAGGUUGAAUCCUUCUCAUGGAACCACCAGAGAAUCUUCCAAUUCAUCGAUCACCUCUUCCCUGUCGUGGAGAACGGACAACAUCCUACCCUUCGGGCUGAAUGGGCCGAAGAUGAUUCUGAGUGGCUUGAGGCUCAAGCUGCAAAGCACUUGGAUCAAGUUGAUAUCCAGCUCAUCACCACUGUCGGACAAAAUCUUCUUUCUGUUGUCCGCGGCGAGACAAACCUGCUCGAAUGCAUGAUGAAGGAUGAUAUGCUCAACCGAUACUACGCACUCGGUCAACAAAUCAAGGAAUCCAACGUCUCCUUGAGCCGCGCCGUCGGACAAGUCGUCCACAGAUAUGCCGGAAUGAAAAUUCUUGAAGUUGGUGCUGGCAACGGCGCUGUUACUAAGGGUGUUUUCGAGGAAAUUGGACACCUCUUCAAGAGCUAUGCUUUCACCGACUCUACUGAUAAGUCAUUCGAUCGUGCCCGCGAGACCCUGCAGAAGUGGACCAGCAAGAUGAAGUUCCAACAGCUUGAGAUUGAAGGCGAUGUCGUUGAGCAGGGCUUCGAAGAGCACUCCUAUGAUAUGAUCAUCGCGUCCAAUGUCGUCCAAACUUCUCAGAACUUGCAGCGCACCAUGGAGAACAUCCGCCUGCUUCUCAAGCCAGGUGGAUAUGUCGUCCUCCAGGAGAUUAGUGUACCAGACGUUCUUCGCGUCAAAUUCAUGACUCUUGGUCUCCCUGCUUGGUGGGCGGGAGAUGAGGAUAGCCGCCGCUUCGGUCCUGCUGCGUCUAUGUCUCAAUGGACUUCUCUUCUCAAAGAGACUGGAUUCUCGGGUGUCGACCAAGUUACCAACGAUUUGGCUGAUCGUCCAAUGUAUAUGACAUCGGUUGUUCUUUCUCAGGCUUUGUCUGACGAAGUUCAAUUCUUGAGAGAGCCACUCUGCCCACCAGUCCUACCAAUCGCUCUCAAGGAUAUCUGCAUCAUCGGCGGCAGCCAAGCUCGAAAUGCGGAGAUUACCACCUACAUCAACGAGUCCUGCCGACUUCUGGGCAACGAGCUCCCAACAUUCUCCUUUGUUGAUACCAUCCAGAAGGCACACUUGCACACUGCACCAAUUUCUUCUGUCAUCUUUGUCCAGGAUUUGGAUGAGCCCAUCUGGAAGAACCUGAAGCAGGAGACUAUCACUGGUCUGCAAAGCGUCGUUGACCAAGCCCGCCAAGUCCUCUGGGUCACCUCCGGAUGCAGACUCGAGAACGCCUACGCCAACAUGUCUGUCGGUGUUGGACGUGGUCUCCAAUCCGAGUACGCCCAUGUGCAAUUCCAACUUCUGGAUAUUGAGCCAUCUGAGGCAGAGACCAGCAAUGAUCUGAUUGCCGCUGCCUCACUUCGCCUCUUCGCCGACGAUGCUAUUCGCGCUGUCUGCCCCAACAUCCUCUGGACAGCCGAGCCAGAAUUGGUCAUCAAGAACGGUAAAUUCUUGAUUCCUCGUAUCACUGCUGAUCAGGUCCUCAAUGAUCGUCUCAAUGCACGCCGCCGUGCUAUUCAAAAGAAGGUUUCGCCUGCUCAGACCCAAGUCGUGGUCUCCGAAUCUGAGGGCUCUUACGUUCUCUCGGAGCCAUACCUUUCGAUGACUGCGACCAAGGAUACCUCUGCUAUCAAGAUCAAGGUUACUCACUCUCUGCUUUCGGCUAUCAAGGUAGGCGAGAACAUGCACAUGUACCUGGUUAUCGGUAAGGUUGUUGAAGGUGGAGAGAUUGCACCUGGCAAAGAUGUCCUUGCGUUCUCUAACAUCAACGCCUCGAUAAUCGAUGUGCCUGUUUCGCAGGUUGUCCCAAUCUACGUGAAGGUAGACUCACCACCCAAAUUCAUCGAGUCAGUCGCAAGCACCUUCGUAUCUACUGCUCUGUUCUCCAAGCUUCGUCAUGGAUCCACCGUCCUGUUCUUGGGACCCGACAAGAGUCUCGCAUCAGCUUUCCAAGCCACUGCCGAAGCCCUUGGACUCAAGACCUUCUCUGCAUCCACGACACCAGUACCAGCAGGAUCGAAGACUGUCUAUAUCAAUCCCCACACCCCAGAGCGUGUCCUCCGCAACAUCCUUCCUGCAAAGAUUGACAUGGUCUUGGACUUCUCUGGUGUUGAUCAGCCAUCCAGUAUUGCUGCUCUCCAGAGCAAUGACGAAUGCAUCAACACCAAAAUUCAUGAUCUCUUUGGCAAGAAAGCCAGCUCUGGAAUUAACAAAGUCUCAGACUGCCUCCACGACGAGCUUCUGAAGGCUCACUUCGUCGCUGCCAACUUUGUGGAUCGCUCUGAGACUCCUGAGAUCGUCUCGCUUUCCCAAGUCGCAAGCUCUACUAAGGCAAUCGCGUACCCAGCAGUCUUGGACUUCACCAAGGACGCCGAAGUUUCUGUCCAAAUCGCACCAAUCAACACCAAAGAGCUAUUCAGAGCAGACAAGACAUACCUCCUUGUUGGAUGCACAGGAGGUCUCGGACAAGCUCUCUGCAGAUGGAUGGUCCAGAAUGGCGCAAAGCAUUUGGCACUCACCACCCGAAACCCCAAAUCAGUCAACCAGACUUGGCUCGACGAGAUGGCAACCGCAGGCGGCAACGUCGAAAUCUUUGCCUGCGACGUCACAGACGGCUCGUCCCUCCGCAAGACCCAUGAGGAGAUCUGCCGCAAGAUGCCUCCGAUUGCAGGUGUCGCCAAUGCCGCAAUGGUUCUCGCUGAUCGCCUUUUCAACGAUAUCACCCUUGAGGACUUCCAGAUCUCGCUGAAGCCCAAGGUUGAUGGCACGAACCAGCUUGACGAGCUGUUUGGUGAGGGCAGCGAUUUGGAUUUCUUUAUCCUGUUCUCUUCUCUUGCUAAUACUGUCGGUAACCGCGGUCAAUCCAACUACCUCGCUGCCAAUGGAUACAUGCAGACUAUUGCUGCGCAGCGCAGAGCUCGUGGUCUAACUGCUUCGGUCAUGCACAUUGGUAUGGUUAUCGGUAUUGGAGUUGUGUCUCAGGAUGCAGCUCUUGAAAGCUCGUUGAAGAGACAAAAGUGGAUGGCUAUUUCCGAGCCAGCUUUCUUGGAUAUGUUUGCUGAGUGUGUUAUUUGUGGUCGUCCUGAUUCAGGACAUUCCAAUGAUAUCAUCACGGGUAUUCCUCGCAACAGCGCACUGCCCGGUGCCGACAACCCUUGGUAUGCAUCCAACCUUCGAUUCUCGCACAUGGUCCUCAAAGAAGAGGGCGAGGAUCAAUCCUCAUCCGGCGGUUCUUCCCUUCCUAUCAAGCAACGUCUUUCAGCAGCAGCUUCACCAGAGGCACGUGCAGAGAUCAUCCAAGGCGACUUCGUCCAGAAGAUGAGCCGUAUCCUGCAAGCCGCUGCAGAGAACAUCGAAUGCUCUCAGCCUCUCCUGGCUCUCGGAGUGGAUUCGCUCAUGGCAAUGGAAAUUCGGUCUUGGUUCUUGAGCCAGAUUGAUGUUGAUAUGCCUGUCCUGAAAGUUCUUGGUGGAGGAAGCAUUCAGACUCUCUGCGCUGAGGCCGGUGCUCUUGUCAAGAUCGCAGCUGCGACUGAAGAAGUUGAACUUACAGACAGCACCAAAGGUACUUCUCCACCUUCUGAGGCGUCUGCUUCUUCUGGCGCAAGCACCCCAAGUCUCCUCGCUACCCCGCCAUCGACCCCCGGCCUUAGCGAGGAUUUCACCUGGAUCUCCAGAGCCGGUUCAGAGACUGGCGAAUACGAUGGCAUUGAACUCUUGCCAGGCAUGGAGCGCGUUGGACGCAUGUCCUUCUCUCAAGAGCGAUUGUGGUUCUUGCAAUCAUUCCUCACCAACCCAGCUACCUACAACAUCACCCUUGCUUACCGCAUCAAGGGCCCAUUCCGUGUCGCAGACUUCAACCAGGCCUUCUACGAUCUCAUUGACCGCCAUGAGACACUUCGAACUGCAUUCUUCACUGACAAGACCAACUACCUCGCGUAUUUGGGCGCUGUGGAGAAGACUCCUUUCGUCAUGGAGCAGAAGCCAUACACUGGCGAGGCUCAGAUCAAGGAGGAGUUCAACCGCACCAACGACCACAGCUAUGAUCUGGAAAAUGCUGAGAGCAUGAAGGCCACUCUCUUGAUCGAGAGCCCUACUUCCCACGUCCUCAUAAUGGGCUUCCACCAUAUCGCUGUAGAUGCAACCAGUUCCCAAAUUUUGGUCCGAGACAUCGCGGCGAUCUACUCGGGAGAGAAACUCGCUCCAUUGAAGUACCAGUACAUCGACUACGCCAACAAGCAACGCGCAACUGUCGACCAAGCCCUCAGCAAAGAUGUCGCUUACUGGCGCCAGGAGUUCCCAGAUGUUCCUGAGACAUUGCCUCUCUUCGACUUCGGAACCGUCAAAUCUAGGAAGCCACUUACCGAGUACAACAUCCGCAUCAUGGAGACCAGACUCGACGCCUCUUUCACUGCUACACUCAAGGCAGCCAGUCAGAAACUCCGAGUCACACCUUUCCAUCUACACUUGGCAACCCUCCAAACCAUGCUCCACAAGCUCCUCAACAUCGAUGAUAUCUGCAUUGGUAUCACAGAUGCCAACAAGAAUGACCCAGAUCACGUCGACACUCUGGGUUUCUUCGUCAAUUUGCUUCCUCUCCGAUUCAAGGUUGAGGGUGCCCGCUCAUUCGCUAAGCUCACUCAACAGGCUAGAGAUAAGACUCUCGCUGCUUUGGAGCACUCUCAGAUUCCUUACAAUGUCCUCCUGGAUAAACUGGAGGUUCCUCGUAGCACCACUUCUAACCCGCUCUUCCAAGUUCUGAUGAACUACAAGAUGGGCUCUCUUCGCUCUGUGCCUAUUGGCGAGUGUGAAGCUGAGGUUGUUGACUUUCAAGAUGCCAGCAACCCAUACGACUUGCAAUUCGACGUCGAAUUGGCGGUUGAUGGAACCACCUUGAUCACAGUCACCACCCAGCAAUACCUCUACUCUGAGGAGGACCUGUCCACAGUUCUCAACUCAUACACCCACCUCCUCAAGACCCUUUCAUCUAAGCCAUCGCUACCAAUCAAGGAUCAAUCAGUUUUCAGUGUCAAGGAUGCACACACAGCGUUGGCCAUUGGCACCGGACCAAGAAUCAACAUUGAUCAAUCCAUCACCAUUAACAGAAUGUUUGAUUGGGCUGUCAAAGCUCGGUCGAACAACGUUGCUGUUGUUGAUAAUCUCGGUGGACAGCUCACUUGGAUCGAGAUGGCCUCAUGGGUCAGCACGAUCUCCGCUCACCUGCUCAGACUGGGUGUCAAGCCUCAAUCAUUCGUCGGUGUCAACUGCGAACCCAGCGCCAUGAGUGUCUGCUACUGGUUGGCUGUGCUCCGUAUCGGUGCAAUCUACGUGCCAUUGGAUCCAUCCAACCCUGUCAGCCGUCUCGAGCUGAUCGUCAAUGACUGCAACCCUGCUGCAAUCAUCUGCGACGAGCAAACCUGGACAGCAGCGCAACGCAGCUUCCGCGUCCCCAACCGCCAUAUCUUCAAGCUCUCGGAUAUGGGCGGUCGUCGCACCCACUACACUGAAGAUAUGUCACAGCCCGAAGCUACAGCAUGUGUUAUCUACACUUCCGGAACCACUGGUACACCAAAGGGAACGCUGCUGAAGAACUCCAACUUCGUCAACCACAUCUAUGGUGUCAACAAGGAGUACAACAUCGCCAACGGCAAGGAAGUCGUUCUUCAACCCACUAACCUUGGUUUCGAUUUGUCGCUUGCCCAGAUGAUGCAAUUCAUUGCCUCCCAGGGUAAGAUGGUCGUCGCAUCCCUCCAGACCAGAACCGAUCCAAUGGAACUCGUUAAGCUCAUGGUCGAGCACCAAGUCACAUACACCAUUGUUACUCCUUCCGUCUACUCCCUCAUCCUUCGUCAAGAUCCAGCGCUUCUCCGCCAAUUGACCGAAUGGCGCUCUGCAUUCUCUUGUGGUGAGCCAUUGACCAGCGCCAUCGUCCAGCAAUUCCAAAAGAUCAGCCUCCCAAAGCUGAGACUCCUCAAUUCGUGUGGUCCUACUGAGAUCACCAUCAUCAACUCGGCCUGGGAGAUUCCUCUCAGCGACCCAACAGCCAGCGAGCAGAACAUGAUCGUCGGCUCCUCGCUCCCUAACUACUCCACCUACAUCCUCGACGAAAAUCUCAACCCUGUCCCAGUCGGCCACCCUGGUGAAAUGGUCUGUGGAGGUGCCAGCAUCUCUCAAGGAUACCUCGGGCAGAAAGAAUUGACUGCUGCCAAGUGGGUUCCAGAUCCAUUCGCAUCUGACGCAGAUAUCGCCAAGGGAUGGGACCGCAUGUACCGCACCGGCGACAGAGCUAAGAUGCUUCCAGACGGACGAUUCGUCUUCCUGGGACGUAUCGCCGGUGACAACCAAGUCAAGCUUCGUGGUGUCCGUAUCGAACUUGACGACAUCCGCUCCACCAUCGUUCGAGAAUCCAAGGGUGCCAUCACUGAAGCCGCAGUCUGCCUCCGUGGCGAAGGCGACAAUGCUUUCCUCGUUGCUUUCGCUGUCCUCGGCCAGGAAAUUGCCGAUACUCGCAAGUUCCUCGCAGGUCUCCCUCUUCCGUCCACCAUGAUUCCAAACAAAUUUGUUGCUAUCGACAGCCUGCCAAGAACUCCCAACGGCAAGAUCGAUAUGCGCGCACUCGCUGCCAUCGAGCUACCUUCGUUCCAGGAAGUCGAUGACUCUACACCAAUCGACCUCACCAUGACCGAAGCCUCUCUAAAGGAGAUCUGGGGUCGAUGCCUCCCAGCCGGCGUCUCUGUUGCCGGUGUCCGUGGCAGUUCUGAUUUCUUCGUCCUCGGUGGUAAUUCCAUGUUGCUUGUCAAUGUUCAAGCUAUGAUCCGCGAUACUUUCAGCGCCAACAUUGCCCUUUACACUCUUUUCCAAUCUAGCACUCUCGAGAGUAUGGCUGCACAGAUCGAAGCUGUUUCUGAUGUAGAGACAACCACUGCCAUCAACUGGGACAACGAGACUGCUCUUGAGCCAACACUCUUUGAGUCUUCACCACAUUCUCUUGGUCUUCGACCUGUGUCGAGGUCCUACGUCGAAGUAGUCCUCACUGGAGCAACCGGUUUCCUUGGUACCCAAAUCCUCCGCGAACUCGUCGCCGAUGAGCGCGUUGGCAAGAUCCACUGUGUUGCCAUCCGUCUCUCAGAAGGCAAAACCUCACGUACUCUACCAAUCAUGUCCUCCAAGAUCAUCAAAUACUACGGUGACCUUGCCUCCCCUCGCCUCGGUCUCACUGAACAACAAUUCAUUGAUCUCUCCAAGAAGGCAGACCGCAUCAUUCACAACGGCUGCGACGUCUCAUUCCUCAAGUCCUACGCCUCCUUACAAGCAUCUAACCUUGGAUCUACCAAGGAACUCACCCGCCUAGCAAUGGUCCGCAAGACUCCCUUCCACUUCGUCUCCACAGCAGGUAUCGCCUCCUUCAUCCCAGAACUCGACCUCGGCGAGCGCUUCAUUCCCACCUUCACCCCUCCCACAGACGGAUCCAUGGGCUACGCAGCCAGCAAAUGGGCCGGCGAGAAAUACCUCCUCGCCGCCGCCGAGCAAUGCAGCCUCCCAGUCUGGGUCCACCGCCCCUCCAACAUCCUCGGCGACGGAGCAGCAAGCGUCAACAUGACCGCCAACAUCCUCGAGUACUCUAUGCGCAUCGGUGCCGUUCCUCACACACCUGGCAUCGAUGGCCACAUGCAAUUCGUCGAGGUCGAAGAGGUCGGAUACAUGGUUGUCAACUCUCUGUUCGCUCGUAGCGCAGGCGCUGUCGUCAAGAACCACUGCGGUGAUGAUAGGAUCCGGAUUCGUGAGCUUGGCACUUACUUGGAGAACAAGUUCGGCCAGAAGCUUGCUAUGCUGGAGCUUGAUGACUGGGUUGUUGAGGUGCAGAAGGCUGGUCUCUCGGUUGGUCUUGGAUCUCUGAUUAGAGAAGUCCUGAGGAAUGAGGGUGGCACUGCGAGCUUGAAGACGCUGAGCAGACGGAGGUUCUAAGUCUAUACAGAGACAGAGACGAUGUCGGGUUUCUUUUGUCAUGGGCUGGCAUUAGAUGGAGUUCCAAAAUAGCGAGCGCGGGAUAGAUAUCUGGAGUUUUCUUUCUCUGUCAUUUCCAUUUCAUUUUCAUUUGUCGUCGAUUUCUUUUUAUGUAUUUUGAAAUGUCGGGCUUAUAUCUUAUCACGUCACUCCUUAUGUAUGACAUGGAUGAGAGAUGAAAAUGCUUUUGUCUGUUGGGAAUGUACUUCCGUCGAGGCACCACUGCCUGCUUGGACUGAGCACAAUGGAGUCGGGACCGGAGUGGGAUGGCUUUGUGGGUUGGUGGUACCGAGAUUGAUGAAUGGCAUAUAGAUCGCUGGUCAUUGGAAUCGUUG